UUCAAUAAUACGCUAUGGUGAAAAACAAAGCGGCGAAGCCUCACUACGAGAAGGCUAAAACGUCCGUUUGCUGGGAUAUUGAUAAUUGUCCAAUCCCCAAGGGUUGUAAAGCUGAGGGGGUCGCUCAGAAAAUAAUCUCGGCCCUCCAUAAGCUGAACUACCGUGGUCAAGUCUCCAUAUUUGCCUUUGGCAACAUGAAUCACAUCCCUCCUUUUGUCAAGCAAGCUCUCUCUUCCACUGGAAUCACUCUUGAACACGUCAACUUUGGUCCUGAAAGAGGAGAAGUUAGGAAGCGUCUUUAUGACGAUGUGAUGUUUUGGGGGUUUGAUAAUCCACCUCCGGCUAAUAUAAUGUUCAUCUGUCGUGACGAAGAAACGCGCUCUCAUAACCAAGAGAUGGAGAGGGGAUAUAACAUUCUUCUGAUGCAGAGUCAAAUAAAAUUCAAUAUGCUUAUACUAAUACUUGUUAACCUAGUAAUGAUUCAGAUUCGUAAUAAAACUAUCACUGAGAGUUGA